UAAUCUGAUAGGUGUGUUUUCUGAUUGCAAAAAUGAUAAAGAGCGCUUCAAAGAAGAGUUUGAUUCCAUAGAAAAAAGAGAGUGAGAAAACUAUGGUCUUAGAUGUCCUUUUCUAGGAAAUUUCUUGGGGAAAUUUCUUAGAACUUUCAGCAUCAUUUCUCUCCCAAUGGCUGUUCUAGAAAAGUAUUACAGUUCUUUCAGUCUCUGCACUAUCAGUUUUAUAGGAUUACAAUUCAAGUACAAAGAUCAACAUGAGCAUUCCACAAUACAUCGGUGACGAAUAUGAACAUAAGGUUUCAGGCUUCAACUCGCCAAGGGUCCUGAUUAGCAACGAAGCAGGCAAGAAUCAAGUUCUGAUACGGAUUGAUAUGCAGGGGCCUCUUCAAAAUGCUUGUAUCAUACCACCAGUGCACCCAGAUGAAGAGGGAGUGGCCAGUGAAGUUCAUUUAACUUCUGGUACGAUUCUUAUUCAGAUUGAUAGACAGGCUGUUCCCCCGGGACACCCACAAGUGCCAACUUUUCAACAAAAUGCCUCUGGAAUACCAGUGGCAAUGGUUUCUCCUGAAGCAUCACCAGCACCACUUCCAGCACCUAAUGAUAAUCAGGUCCAAGCAGAUGGAACUCCAGCUGUGCAAGCUGUUAGCAAUGAUAAUGCCCCAAAUGGUGGAGAGCUCAUCGGUCUUAUCGCAACUCAACAGGUAGCAGCACCCAAUCGCAUAGUGGGAGAGACAGAGAUCGAGAUGCUUCUUUAUCGUCAAAAGAUGACUGAAUCAUCCCUUCUGAUUGCUGCCCAAGUAUUUGUUACUUUGCUAACAGCUUGGCUUGGUAACAACAAUCAUCCUCUCUCACCCAAUAUGAAAAUUUUAUGGGAUUUUGCUGUGGGAAGUACUAUUGUCGGUUAUGUUUCUUCAUUUAGCAGUAUCUUGAUGUGCAAACUUAGUACAGGGUUUGCCUCACGAAUCUUGAACACAAUUGCAUAUGCUGGUGCUGCUUUUGGUUUCAUAGCAUCCAUGGGGAUGCUCUUACCUGAUGAACUCAAGUUGUGGAUCAGCUUCCUUGGAUGCGCAGUUUGCUUCCCUGCAUUAGCUGCAGGGUUCCGCAGCUAGAAUAACUGCCUAUUUAUCUUUUCAUUUGUAAAUAGAGUUCUUUCCAUUUUAAAAACUCAUAGAUUCAUGUGCGGGUUUGUCAUUAGUGAUGUCAAGUAUGUAGAUAGAAGGUAAAGGCAUGUCAUUCCUUGCAACAAUCUGCGGUAUAAAUGUGGGCUCUCCGGCUGCUUACUAGCAUGUGCCAUAUGAAAAGGAAGCAAAUAAUUGUUCAUGUGAAUUGAGCUAUCAUCGGCUGUGUGCUCAUCCGCCAACUGAUUCCAGCUUGUUAAAUGGAACAGAGAGUUCUCUGCUUUCAUGCAGCAUGCGGAGACAGAGCUCCCCUGAUAAAGUGCUCCAUGAUUCAAUUAGUUUUCAUCAGAUGGCCACCUGCCAAGUCAGAUUGAUGGUGAUAUUUCCAACUAGUAUGUCUAAGACCGAGCUACCCUUGAAUGUGUGCUCUAUGUGUAAACUGAUACACAUAUAAGUGAGCUCCCUCAACUGUGUGCUCCUGCAUAUUGGAAUGGAUACAAUCAGUUUGUUUGGUCAGUUGUAACAGUGAGCUCGGCUGUAUUGCUCCUUCAUUAACAUUUCCAAAGAGGUCGCAUGAAAAUGAAUAAAAGUGAUGCCUCCGAGAUCAAUUUUCAAUAA